UUUGUUCCUUUACAUUCAGUUUUUCAAUUUUGAGGACAGUUGUCAAAGAGUUGUAGCAAGCACUUUUUAAUACAAAAAAGGAUAUAAUAUUAAUAAAAUGGAAAGUGCGGGGAAACAGGACAAUAACGCCACACAACCGUUGCCCCAACGCCAGCAGCGGGGAAAUCAGCAGGCCAACAAAAAUCUCGGAAAGCACAAUGCUCAAAAACAAAAUGAUUCCGUGGAUGGAUGCCCGGCUGAAAAGAAGUCGAGAUUCGGUGGUCCAAAUGCCCAGAAUCAGAACCAGAACCAAAAUCAAAAUGGUGGUGGUGGUGCAGCUGGUGGCCCCAAUCAAAAUAAGAACUUUGGAAACAACAAGGGUGGGUUCGCUGGAAACCGCAAUCGCAACAACAACAACAAUCGGGCUGGAAAUCAAAACCGGACUUUUCCAGGCACUAACAAUGCCAAUCAAAAGCCCAAUAACGAAACGUCAAAGGCGGACGGUGCUAAUGCACCUGCUAAGAACAAUGAACCGCAAACUGCAGCUGCUGGCCAAAAUCAAGCGAAUCAGAACGCCAGCAAGGGCCAAAAUCAACGGCAAGGGCAAAACCAAAAUCAAGUCCAUGGUCAAGGAAAUCAAGGAGGACCUGGCAAUCAAGGAAAUCAAGGAGGAGCAGGCAAUCAAGGAGGCCAAGGAAAUCAAGGAGGACCAGGAAAUCAAGGAAAUGGUCAAGGAUUUAGAGGUCGCAACGUUGGUAACAAUCAAGGUGGCGGUUUCUCCGGAGGUCCGCAGAACCAGCAGCGUGACAACAGAAACCGGGGUGGUCCACGUCCUAGCGGAGGUCCUGGUGGUAUGAUGAACAACACCAAUAUGGGUGGUGGAGGUGGUGGUGGUCCGCGCGGCGGUGAGGACUUCUUCAUUACCCAGCGGUUGCGCGGCCUGUCUGGACCAACCUUUGAGCUGGAACCAGUAGAAGUGCCCACGGAGACCAAGUUCUCUGGACGAAAUCGUCUCUAUGUGGGCAACCUGACCAAUGACAUCACCGACGAUGAGCUGCGCGAGAUGUUCAAGCCAUAUGGCGAGAUCAGCGAGAUAUUCUCGAACCUGGAUAAGAACUUUACAUUCCUAAAGGUCGACUAUCAUCCCAAUGCCGAGAAGGCCAAACGCGCCCUAGAUGGAUCGAUGCGAAAAGGUCGCCAGUUGCGGGUACGAUUCGCACCCAAUGCCACCAUUUUGCGGGUGAGCAAUCUCACACCGUUUGUGUCCAACGAGCUGCUGUACAAGUCCUUCGAAAUCUUCGGUCCGAUCGAGAGGGCCAGCAUCACCGUCGACGAUCGUGGCAAGCAUAUGGGCGAGGGUAUAGUUGAGUUUGCCAAGAAGUCAUCCGCCAGCGCCUGCCUGAGAUUGUGUAAUGAGAAAUGCUUCUUUCUGACUGCUUCCCUACGGCCGUGCCUGGUGGACCCGAUGGAGGUGAACGACGACACCGACGGACUGCCGGAGAAGGCGUUCAACAAGAAGAUGCCCGACUUUAACCAAGAGCGGAGCAUUGGUCCGCGCUUCGCCGAUUCCAAUUCGUUUGAGCACGAGUACGGAUCGCGCUGGAAGCAGCUCCACAAUUUGUUCAAAACCAAGCAGGACGCACUCAAACGCGAGCUGAAAAUGGAGGAGGACAAGUUGGAGGCUCAGAUGGAGUACGCUCGCUAUGAACAAGAAACUGAACUGUUGCGUCAAGAGCUACGAAAACGCGAAGUGGACAACGAGCGCAAGAAAUUAGAGUGGGAGAUGCGCGAGAAGCAGGCCGAGGAGAUGCGCAAGCGCGAGGAGGAGACCAUGCGACGCCAUCAGACCGAGAUGCAGAGCCACAUGAAUCGGCAGGAGGAGGACAUACUCCGUCGGCAGCAGGAAACACUGUUUAUGAAGGCGCAGCAGCUUAACUCGUUGCUGGAUCAGCAGGAGGGAUUUGGGGGCGGCGGCAACAACUCCAGUUUUGACAACUUCGGCGGUAACAGCAAUUCGCCAUUUGAAGUUUUUAGAGGCAAUAACAACAACAAUUCCACAAUGAUUGGAAACAAUUCUGGCCCCAACACACAGGACUCCUUCGCUUUUGAAUUUGGGGUUAACAAUAUGAACCAAGGCGGCAAUCAACGUGGAAAUAAUGGCGGAGGAAAUAAUGUCCCAUGGGGACGACGACGUUUUUAGACACUGGAUCGAUCAAACAUAUAAGGAUGAGACUUGACGUACUCUCAAAUAUUGAUAACAUUUCACAUUUUAACUGUUCGCUUGCGAGCAAACAGAACGAACUUGCUUAAAAGGAUCGUCUUGUCGAAUGCACCCAAAUAUGAUUUGAUUUAAUAUUUAGUCAAAUAUUAUCAAUCGUCUAUCGGUCAUACAUUUUAAAGGCAACUAACAAACUAUGAGUAAUGACACGCAAAGGAUGAACCUUACAAAAUAUUAUACAAUUUGAAUCCCAAAAUGAUUGCUUAUAGGUGCAACGCUGCACCAAAAAACGAAAUCAUUACGUACAUAUGCUUAAUCAUACCUAUAAUUUAAGAUUAUGUAUGUGUCGACUACAUUCUCCAGUAAUUUAAUUCUUUUUUGUCCAUCAUUCAAAUGAAAUAUAUAUAAAAAUAUAUUGCUAAUCGACUUAUUUGAUCAUAAAACAAAAUAUAAAAUAAUUCAAAAACGUAAAAACACUUCGAGAAUCUGGUGAGUAUUCCGGAUGAGCGCAUGGACUUGAUCUGGUCUGGAUCCUUCAACUCAUUCGAUGUCCACUAAUGGAUCUUUAGGUUGUGCAGAAAUAUUCUAAGCAUUCCCAGUAUUUUGUUGAUCCCUUCAUUAAUUUAUGAUUAACAACUUUGUUUCUGGGAGUAGUCAAUUACAAGACUAAAAAUUUCUUGAGUCUAAAUUACAUAUUAUUUUCUGUACAAUUUUAUUGUCCAUUUUAACUAUUGAUCUGGAAAAUAAGAAAAUUUUUUGCGCAUUUCUAACACUAAGUUUGGUAAUAAUUUUAUUUUGCUUUUUGUUGCAUUUUUUUUAUAUGUUUAUUUAUGUUAUUUUUUGUCUCCUACCCUUUUUUUUUUUGUAAACUAUCCUUGCUAUUCUACCAAAUAUGUAGAAAGAUUUAUCAAAGCUGAGUAUUGUAGUAUAUGGAAUUUUUGGGAAAUGAUUUUUGUGAUUGGGGAAAAUGUAAAGAGAAAACGUUCAAACGCUAAUGGAUACAUUUCUCGCCAAUUUUGGAUGCUACUGGAAAACACUUCAUUCUUAGACCUAGAUUUUGGUUAUCUACGCCGUUUUCUUGCAAAAUCCCAGACCGCUACAAAAAAUUGCUGAUUUCUAUGUUAACACAAACACUGUGUUUGUGUUUUAUACCCUUUCACCUUUCAUUUUGCUUAAAAAUACAUAGGCAGACCCACACAGCAGCAAAUUAAAUGUAGAUGUUAUUAAUUGUCAUACAAAUCAUUUUAAUAUAUAUAUAUUAGAAUAUGGAAAAGACUACUUUAAUCAAACAAACAUUGAUCUUUGAAAUCAAACAUGAAAUAUUUACAUUUUGAUUAAUUCUGGGUGUUGGCACAGAAAAUUAAUAAUUUUAAUAAAUUAAUAAACAAUGCCGUGUAUAGCAUCUCUUUCAUUUUUUUAAUUUUGCCGGGAUGAAAAAUAAACCGAAAUAGACUUCCAAAGUUCCCAUGCGAACAUUACAAUGUCAUAUUGGAAUGAAGAUGUCAACUUAUGUUAUUCGGGAUUUACCUGUACUUAUUAUAUUAAUAUUCUUAUACCCUUACAGAAAGUAUUUUUGUCACAAGUUGCAACGCAUCAAUGGAAAGAAUUCUUAAACAGCAUCUCACCAUAGCAAUUUAACUUAACGAUUGUUAUUUCAACAAUUUAUUCGGGGCAGUAUUUUUUUUUAGUUUUAACGAACGCUGUAGUCGAGUACCUCGACUAUAAAACACCCUGUAUUUCUAGGGGUGUUAUGGUAUACAAGCAGCAGGGACUGCUUCCGCGCUGCUAAGCCAUAUGGAAUUUAUCUGCUUAAUCUAAAGUUUCACUCAAGAUACGGACAGACAGUCUAGUCGACAAGAAAUCCCCAUCAAUUAAUUACAGAUAUCAACAAAUCUAGUAUACUCUCUUACUCCCCGAGUAACAGGUAUAUAGACUUCCAAGAUAAAACUAUCGGAUGGGUUCUUUCUCUUCAUAUAUCAUACGUAUUUCUUUGCUAGAGCACAAUAUUUUUAACAUUUACAUUACAUUUCCCAAUGUUAUUAUUAAAAAGGAACAAAUAUUUUGGCCUUUGUGCUUUCUUCAUUUUUUAAAUUCUAUGUUUUAAUAAUGCCAUUUUAACUGUUUUACUCUCGCAUCGUAAUAUUUAUUUGGCCGAAAAUCGGUUAUGAAGAACAAGGCAUUGCAUAUGGUUUUUAGCAAUCAAAGGCGAUAAAUUUGAGUAGUUAUUGUGGUUUAUGGGAGAAGAGGGGGGUAUUGUGAAAUGAGGAAUGUGGGUUAACAAAACAACGUCUCGCGAUUUCCCAUGAAAAAUGCUCUCUGAGAAGGAUGAAUAUUUCAAUGCCAUGGCGAUUGGGAAAAGGUAAUGCCUGCCCUUGUGAAAUUUUUAUUAAUUUACCUCCAUACAGCUAAAAUAAUUUAAUUAUUUUCAUAUUCAAGUUCUUUUACAGGUUUAUUUAAUGAAUGUAUGAUGACUUGCAUCGUAUUGCAUGUACAAUGACAUUGGAAUCUUUUUAGACGGAACGUCGCUCUAUUGCACUUGGUGUAAUAUUGUGAACACGAUUAAUAUUUGCACUUUUGGGAUAUUGUCUUUUAUGGCACAACUAUCCAUUUGGGUAUCGAAAUCGAUUUCUUCUGCCAGCAAUUAAUUGCACAAUGAUCAGCUUUUCUGUACCCUUACACAAUUGAUUUUGAAUAGGCCUGAACUUCGGGUGCAUUUUGCUGAAAUGUAGGGUAUACUACCUUUCGACCUUAGGGAGUAGUAGUUUCCCUCGCUUAUUUCUCAUUUUUCUCCUCCUUCCAAUCUUUCAAAACAAUACUGGUUUCAAUAAACUAUACGUUUAUAAAACAUCUAACCGCUACUGCUUCUCGCCUAUUGUAUAAUUUUAUCACCAAAAAGGGCAUCAAUGAAUGAUUAUUAAAUGUUUUAAAGCACUAUGUUGUGGCCAUUCAUGUUGAUUGAAACAUGAAACUUGAAACAGCACAUGAGUGGGCGAAUGUCAAGAGUAAUCUAUGUUUAUAAACAAAAUAAUAGUUAGAUGGAUAAAACACAUCCAAAUUGAAGUAGGAAUUGGCAAAGGAUAUCUGUUGUUAAGUUACUAAUCUUUUCUUCUAACUUCCUAAAAACAAAACAGUGAUUCAGUCUUGCUUCAAAGGUUUAAAACUACAAAACUGGAUGGUUUCCGUCUCAAAAAGUAAAUUGGUAAUGAAUUUUAUUUGUGAUUUUUUUUAUAAUAAAUGGUGGGUAGUCGGUUUUGAAUUUUUUUUUAAUAUGGAAUGACUGCAUUCUAAAUGCUCACAAAUGAAAAGUUUAUCUGAAUUGGUACGAACUUGUUCUUUUACGCAUUUAAAUCGAUAUAUUAAUAUAUCUAUAAAAUCUAUAAUUCGUUGUUCUUAAAUCAGUCUGAUAACUCACAACUAAAUGUAUUGCAUUUAAAUAUGCAUUGUAUAUUGAUAUACAGAAAUACUUUGGUUUUUGUAAUAAAAUGCGUUCGGCGAUCAAUCAAACAUACGAUAAUCAAGUACGAGUAUGUUUAUUUGUUUUAAUGCAUUCAAUCGAAAAUAGAUCAUUGCCCAAGACUGGCUAUAUAAAAUAUCUACUAAAUUUUAGCGACUGAAAUAUAAAUUAAAAUGUUUGUUUUGUGGAUGAGAUUCUCUUAAAUUAUUUGCGUGUGGAUUUUUGGGUUCGAGCCAGCGAUUAGCUGUUUUUUCGAUGAAACUCUUCAGCUUUGGCCGAAGAUGAUAUAUUUUCAAGAUCGCAAUACGGUGUCUUUGCUCGCAAAUGAAGUCCAAAUCGACUGGCAGCAAAGCGCUAACUUAAAUCAGGAGAUCAAACGUAUUGACGAUCCUAUAAAUGGAACUACUUCAAACAUCACCCUACCAGAUUUGGAUUCAAAUAUAAUGGCUUUCAUAUUGGAACAGUUCUCGUCUAAUGUGCUUUAUACAAAAAUUGUACAAUUUGUUGGUGGCAACUUUAAAAACCACACUCAGCUGGAUCAAAUAUUAUUAAAAAAUGCAUAUACAAUUUCA